GGGUCCUGAAGUUCGCCCGGCUCAUCAAAUCCUACGAGUCGCAGGAUCCGGAGAUCGCCACCAUGUCGGGCAAGCUGAAGGCCAUGUUCCUGCCACCCAUGACGCUGCCGCCCCACGGCACCGGGACCGGUGGAGUGGCAACCUCCUGA